GUUUAAAUCAUAAGUGUUUUAAAACCAUGGGAGCAAAAUCAAAGGAAGAGAGAAGAUAAAUCAAAUGGUGGCUGUUCAGCUAUUUAGCUGGAAGACAUUGAUUCUUCUACCUUCCCAAGCUUCAAGAAAUGAUGGUUUCACUUCUUUUAACAGAACAUUGAGUUUGCACUCUCUGCCUUCAAGUGGGAUUGAUUCUUUUAGAUCCCGAGGAACAUUCAGAGUCAAAUCUCAAAAGACAGGAGACACAGAGUCAUCUACUUCCAACUUGAAUCUACCUAAUGAUUCCAAAUCCAAAUUCCAUAAGAGUCUCCAAUAUAAACUUGUACUAGGAUGCAUCCCACUGUAUGCGAUGUCGAGAAUUGUACAAAAGAUCAUUCAUGAGCUUCCACGCCACAUUCAGAACUCCGUAGGGGCUGGCUUGCCUUUUGCUUGUGCAUCAAACUCUCUAAAUAAACCUUCUUUAGGUGGUAUCAAAUGGAGUCUUGCAAGGUUCUUGUUCCUGUUCAAUAUUCGGCUCGAGAAGAACGUUGCUACGUCCCUGGUGGUGCUUGUGAUAGCAUGCCUAUCGUUUGUCAUGAUCGGAGGAUUCUUAUUUUUCAAAUUCAGGAAAGAGGAUCAAUCCUUCGAAGACUGCCUCUGGGAUGCUUGGGCAUGCCUUGUUUGUGCUGAUUCACAUCUAGAGCAAAAGUCGCGUGUUGAGAAAGUCAUUGGAUUUGUCCUAGCCAUUUGGGGGAUAUUGUUUUAUUCUCAGCUUUUAAGCACAAUGACUGAACAACUUCGGGAUAAUAUGCAAAGGCUAAGAGAAGGUGCACAGAUUCAAGUCAUAGAAAAUGAUCAUAUCAUCAUUUGUGGAAUCAACAGUCAUCUUCCUUUCAUACUAAAGCAACUCAACAGUUAUCAUCAGCAUGCUAUCCGCUUAGGUACUGCCACAGCUAGUAAGCAGACGCUUGUGCUUAUGUCUGAUACUCCAAGGAGUGAGAUGGACAAAAUAGCUGAGGAAUUCAACACAGAUUUUAAUCAUAUUGACAUCCUUACAAAGAGUUGUAAUCUUAAAAUGACGAAAUCAUUUGAGAGGGCUGCCGCCUCUACGGCCCGUGCCAUUAUAAUUCUACCAACUAAAAGUGAUGGGUACCACACUGAUACAGAAGCAUUUCUUUCUGUAUUAGCCCUUCAACCUAUACAAAGAAUCGAAUCCAUACCAACUAUUGUAGAGGUAUCAAGCUCUAGUAUGCAUGAUCUCCUCAAGUCCAUUUCAGGAAUGACAGUUGAACCGGUUGAAAAUAUUACCUCUAAGUUGUUUGUCCAAUGUUCACGUCAAAAAGACCUCAUAAAGAUCUACAGACACCUACUCAAUUACUCAAAAAAUGUAUUUAAUCUUCGGAGUUUCCCAAAUCUAGCUGGGAUGAAGUAUAGACAGAUAAGACUUGGGUUCCAGGAGGUAGUGGUCUGUGGUCUUUUACGAGAUGGAAAAGUAAAUUUCCACCCAAACGAUGACGAAAAGCUCAUGGAAACAGACAAAGUAUUGUUUAUUGCACCUCUUAGUUGGAGAAAGAAGCAACUUUUAUCUAAAGAGAUUGAAACUGAGAACAUUUCAGUAGAUGAUGAGCUCGAAACCCGUAAGCAAUCAAGGCUAGAGAAGAUUAUAAAGCGUUCUAAGAUGUUCUUGUCAAAGGGAUCAUCAGAUUCCGUCCAAGGACCCAGAGAAACUAUACUUCUACUUGGUUGGCGUGAGGAUGUUGUAGAUAUGAUUGAAGAGUUUGAUAACUAUCUUGGUCCAGGAAGUUCAUUGGAAAUAUUAUCUGAUGUACCAAUAGAGGACAGAGGAAGAGUGAGUGAUGGUAUAGGUUCAGGAAAAAUCAAGAACAUACAAGUUUCCCAUCGGGUUGGGAAUCCGAUGAACUAUGAUACAUUAAAGGAAACUAUAAUGCAUAUGCAAACUAAAUACCAAAAAGAAGAAGAAGCUAUUCCUCUGUCUAUCCUUGUAAUAUCUGAUAAAGAAUGGCUUCUUGGAGAUCCAUCUAGAGCAGACACACAAUCCGCUUACUCUCUUCUUCUUGCUGAAAGCAUCUGCAACAAGCUUGGAGUAAAUGUACAAAAUCUAGCCUCUGAAAUAGUUGAUUCAAAACUCGGCAAGCAGAUAACAAGAAUCAAACCGUCUCUAACUUACAUAGCGGUAGAGGAAGUGAUGAGCCUUGUAACAGCACAAGUUGCUGGAAACAGCGAAUUGAACGAGGUGUGGAAGGACAUUCUAAAUGCAGAAGGCGAUGAGAUUUACAUAAAGGACAUUGAGCUAUACAUGAAAGAUGGAGAGAACCCUUCAUUCACUGAGCUAUCAGAGCGAGCAUGGUUAAGGAAAGAAGUCGCUAUAGGCUACAUAAAAGGCGGUAAAAAGAUAAUCAAUCCAGUUCCAAAGACAGAACCUAUCUCACUCGAAAUGACAGACUCGUUGAUUGUUAUAUCAGAGCUUGAAGGAGACCAACCCACCACACUGUGAUAAAUCCAUUCUCUUAUAUAUAUCUUAUAGUUUCUAAUUCACCAGCGAUAUUGGGCAAGGAGACUCAACUCACCAUUAGCAUGCAUCAAAACAAGGAGGCUUUUAAUUCUUUCUUUGCCACCAAAUAAUUUUCAGUCUUUGUAAUAAUGUCUCCAAUACUCAAACUUUAUUUGUGUCUAUAUAUGUUAUCAAUGAAAUGGAAGUCAUGAUGCAUGUAAUGCAAAAUGGUUUUUGUUCC